AUGGAUGUCGUCCGACGCAAUAAGGGGGCGUUCAUCGUCGCCAUCGUCGCCAACACCGGGUCGAUGUUGUUUGGCUUCGACACCGGUGUCGCCGGCGCUGUCACGUCGAUGAUGAGCUUCCGCAAGGAUUUCCACUUGGCUGCCAGCCCGUCCAAAGCGGCAGCAUCUUCUUCCAACAUUGUAGCCCUACUCAAUGCAGGCGCGUUCUUCGGAGCCAUGGCUCCAUCGCUGGUCGGCCGCCACAUCGGCCGUCGCCAUAUGCUGGCGCUCGCGGGAUUCCUGUUCAUGAUCGGCGGCAUUCUCCAGACCGCAGCGCAGCCCCCGUCCCUGUCGAUGCUCUACGGUGGAAGAGUCAUAGCGGGCUUCGGCGUCGGCAUCAUCAGCAACACCACGCCGGUGUUCGUGGCCGAAUGUUCUCCAAAGCACCUGCGUGGGCUGAUGAUGGCCUUCUUCGAGAUGUUCCUCGUCUCGGGCGGCAUGCUGGCAUACUGGACCACCUAUGGAUGUUCGCUGCACGUGUCUCCCACAAAGUCGAGUCAAUGGCGCAUCCCGCUCUCCAUCCAGAUCAUUCUCGCCGGCAUCGUCACCAUCUCUUGCUGGUUCGCCCCCGAAUCGCCCAGGUGGCUGGCCCGUGGGGAUCGCUGGGACGACGCUCGCCGGUCUUUGGCGCGUCUCCGCAAUCUGCCCGAGUCCGACGAGGCCAUCACGGUCGAGAUGGCCGAGAUUGCCACCCAGAUCGACGAGGAGAUUGCCUCGACCAACGGACGCAGUUUCAAGGAGAUGUUCAUGGGCAAGAACUUCACUCGCUUGUGCUGGGGCCUCGGCGUCGCCUGUCUGGCCAUGUGGACCGGCCACAACAGCAUCCUGUACUACGGACCCACCGUCUUCCGCGAAAUCGGCUUCACGGCCCAGGACGCGGCGCUGUUCGCGUCCGGCAUGAUCACCGUCAUCAAAUUCGGCGUGACAGGCAUCUUUGUCCUGACGGGAAUCGGCAUCUUCAAACGCAAACAUCUGUUCGCAGUCGGCGCCUUCUUCAUGGGUGUCUUCAUGUUCGCUCUCGGGGCCAUCUUGGCCACAAACCCUCCUUACAAGGGAAGCGAGCAUUCCCCCGCCGGAAGAGGCAUGAUGGCCAUGAUCUAUCUUUUCAUCGUGGCCUAUUCCAUGUCCUGGGGUCCGGUCUCCUGGGUCUAUAUGGGCGAAAUCUUCCCAACUCGCCUCCGUGACUGGGGCAUGGGCCUCUGCGGCUUGAUGACCUGGGGUAUGAACUACUGUGUGUCCAAGCUCACGCCCAUCAUGGUUCUCAACAUUGGAUGGAAGACCUGGAUGAUUUUCGGCACCAUGAACAUCGUCGCCGUCAUCUUUUCCAUUUUCAUGCCCGAGACCAAGGGCGUCAAGUUGGAGGAUAUGGAUGUCUUGUUUGGUGUCGUCGACGAGGAGAGCCGCAGACAAGACAUCGAGAAUCAUAUUGCUGCGGUGGAGAAGCGUGUCGAUGGCGCUGACGAAAUCGGCGCUGAGGAAGUCGGAGCUGUGGCUGCCACACCGAAGGCGAUGUAA